AUGUCAAUUGAAUCCACCACCCCUACAACCAAAAUCAAAAUCAAAUACUGCACCAAAUGCAAAUGGACAAACAGAGCAAUAUGGUAUACUCAAGAAAUCCUACAAACUUUUUCCCCACCAACCAUUUCUGAAGUAUCACUAGUUCCAGAAAUCAUAAAUCCAGGAACAUUUGAAGUAUAUAUUUCACGUACUCAUGAAGAAUUAUUGUAUAGACGGAAAAUGAAACAAGAUUUUGGAUUAAGUGAAAAGGAAAAAAAAGUAACGUAUGAAGGGUUUCCUGAUGCUAAAUUAUUGAAAAAUUUGAUUAAACAAAAAUUAGAAGAAUGGGAUUCUAUUAGUAGUGAUGUUGUAGGUGAACAUUUGAGUCGUGGUGUUGGGACGUUAUUGAACGAUGGUGGAGUUGAUGAUGAUGAUUAUAAUGAUGAAAAGGAUUGUAUUGAGUGUAAGAAAGAAGAAUAA